GUCAGUCCAACUCAAUACCUUCCACAUUGCUUCCUUCCCGCCACAUAAGGGGUUAUAUUGUCAUUUCACAAGUUACCUACUAGUGAUAAUGCGACAUUAUAAAUAACAAAGGUGAAAGAAAGAUCCAUGCAGAAACAAUUAGCAUAAUUACAGCACAUACUGUUUCUUCUUCUCUCUUCUAUCCUUACAAUGGAUACUUUAGCUUCAAACUCUUCGGGUCUCAGGACCAAGUCGAGUCCCGAGACGUCGCCGUUUAGCAACAUGUAUCUCCUCACAACACUUCAAGCCCUUGCGGUUAUUUCUCUCUUGAUGAUAUUCAAGAAAAUAAAGUAUUCCUCUUCACAAAAAAAAAAGUUUCAUCCUCUCCCGCCGGGCCCCAGCGGGUUUCCAGUCGUCGGAAUGAUUCCGGCGAUGCUUAAAAACCGUCCGGUUUUCCGGUGGCUUCACAGCCUCAUGAAAGAGCUUAACACGGAGAUAGCUUGUGUUCGUCUAGGAAAGACUCACGUGAUCCCCGUCACAUGUCCUAAGAUCGCACGUGAGAUUUUCAAGCAACAAGACGCACUCUUCGCGUCGAGACCACUCACUUAUGCUCAAAAGAUACUUUCCAACGGCUACAAAACCUGCGUGAUCACACCGUUCGGAGAACAAUUCAAGAAGAUGAGGAAAGUAAUCAUGACGGAGAUUGUUUGUCCAGCAAGACACCGAUGGUUACACGACAACAGAGCCGAGGAAACCGAUCAUUUAACUGCUUGGCUUUACAACAUGGUUAAGAAAUCCGAACCGGUCGAUCUCCGGUUUGUUACAAGGCACUACUGCGGAAAUGCGAUUAAGAGGCUUAUGUUCGGAACGAGGACGUUCUCGGCGAAAACCGAAACCGACGGUGGACCAACCGUGGAAGAUAUCGAGCAUAUGGAUGCUAUGUUUGAAGGGUUAGGGUUUACGUUUGCGUUCUGUGUAUCGGAUUAUCUACCGAUGCUUACGGGAUUGGAUCUAAACGGACAUGAGAAGAUCAUGAGAGAAGCUAGUGCGAUUAUGGACAAAUAUCACGAUCCCAUUAUUGAUGAGAGGAUUAAGAUGUGGAGAGAAGGAAAGAGAACUCAGAUUGAAGAUUUUCUAGACAUUUUCAUCUCUAUCAAGGACGAAGCUGGCCAGCCUUUGCUUACCGCUGAUGAAAUCAAACCAACCAUUAAGGAACUUGUAAUGGCGGCGCCGGACAACCCAUCAAACGCCGUGGAAUGGGCCAUGGCGGAGAUGAUAAACAAACCUGAGAUUCUCCACAAAGCAAUGGAAGAGAUUGAAAGAGUCGUUGGCAAAGAAAGACUCGUCCAAGAAUCCGAUAUCCCAAAACUUAACUAUCUCAAAGCUAUUAUCCGAGAAGCUUUCCGUCUGCAUCCCGUCGCCGCCUUCAACCUCCCACACGUGGCACUUUCCGACACAACCGUCGCUGGUUAUCACAUCCCUAAGGGGAGUCAAGUUUUACUUAGCCGUUACGGUCUUGGUCGUAACCCAAAGGUUUGGUCUGAUCCACUUAGCUUUAAACCGGAGAGACACCUCAAUGAGUGCUUGGAAGUAACGUUGACUGAGAAUGAUCUCCGGUUUAUCUCGUUUAGUACCGGAAAAAGAGGAUGUGCUGCUCCGGCGUUAGGUACGGCGAUAACCGUCAUGAUGCUCGCCAGGCUUUUGCAAGGGUUUAAGUGGAAGUUAGCUGGAGGUGAGACACGUGUUGAGUUGAUGGAAUCGAGUCAUGAUAUGUUUCUUGCGACGCCUUUGGUUAUGGUCGGAGAAUUGAGAUUGUCGGAGGAUCUUUACCCCACGGUGAAGUGAGGCGCCAGCCGCCAGCGAGACGGCGAGGAUGUUUGUAUAUAUAUAUAUAUAUAUGAAUAAUAAUAAUUUUUUCUUUUCUUUUCUAUAUAUACGAAUUUUUGUUUUGCGUUGUUGAUGAUCAAUAAGGUAUUCACAUCGAGUAUCUCUUUUUGUUUCUGUUUUCAAGAAAUAAAAAUUUCUCAGAUUUUUGUUGUCAAAAAUCG